ACCAAACCCAAUAAUUUGUGUUCUUCGUUUCAUUCUCUCUCUUCCUCUGUUCUUCCUCUCUCACAUACCCAUCGUAUGAACAGAGCCCAUAAUCGCUUUAUCAAUGGAGCUUCUGAGUUUCUUCUAUCCCUGCCCAUUUCUGUAUUUCCUCUUCACAAUUUGGAAGCAUUUCCAUGAAAAACGACACCAAGAAUGCUACAUAGUGAGCUACCAAUGUUACAAGCCGACAGACGACAGGAAAUUAAACACAGAAUUCAGCGGAGAUGUCAUUAAAAGAACCAAAAAUCUCGGUCUUAACGAGUACAAAUUCCUCCUUAAAGCCGUCGUCAGCUCCGGCAUCGGCGAACAAACCUACGGCCCAAGAAUCAUGUUCGCCGCCCGUGAAGAUUCCCCGACUCUCCAUGAUGGGAUCUCCGAAAUGGACGAAUUCUUCCACGACACCAUCCAGAAACUAUUCGACAAAUCCGGAUUCUCCCCUUCCGACAUCGAUGUUCUUGUCGUCAACGUCUCAAUGUUGUCGUCAAUUCCCUCUCUCUCCGCUAGAAUCAUCAACCAUUACAAACUCCGCCACGACGUUAAGGUAUUCAACCUCACCGGAAUGGGCUGCAGCGCUAGUUUAAUCUCCGUCGACAUCGUUUCCAGAGUGUUUAAAUCUCACAAAAACAUCAACGCCCUCGUUGUAACAUCGGAAUCGUUAAGUCCCAAUUGGUAUUCCGGCAACGACAAAUCCAUGAUUCUCUCAAAUUGCUUAUUCCGAUCCGGCGGCUGUGCGAUUCUCUUAACGAACAAAACGGCGCUGAAAAACAGAGCAAUGUUCAAACUCAAGUGUCUGAUUCGAACCCACCACGGCGCUAGAGAUGAAUCAUACGGCUGUUGUAUCCAAACAGAGGACGACAAAGGAAACACUGGUUUUCAUUUGGGGAAAAACCUCCCCAAGGCGGCGACGAGGGCUUUCGUCGACAACCUCCGUGAAAUCGCCCCGAAAAUCUUACCCAUUAGAGAGCUUCUCCAAUUUUUAGUCAUGAGUUUCAUGAAAAAACUAAAGGGUAACCGGAAACAGAGCGGCGGCGGAAAAACCAGCGCGGUGGAUUUCAAAACAGGGGUGGAUCAUUUCUGUAUCCAUACGGGUGGGAAGGCGGUGAUCGACGGAAUUGGGGUGAGUUUGGGGCUGGAGAAGUACGAUUUGGAGCCGGCGAGGAUGACAUUGCACCGAUUUGGGAACACAUCGGCGAGUAGUUUGUGGUAUGUUCUGGCGUACAUGGAAGCUAAGAAGAGGUUGAAGAAAGGGGAGAGGGUGUUGAUGAUAAGCUUUGGGGCUGGAUUUAAAUGCAAUAGCUGUUUGUGGGAGGUUGCGAGAGAUUUGAACGGCGGCAACGUUUGGGAUGAUUGUAUUGAUGAGUACCCACCGGAAUCUUUGGCCAACCCAUUUCUUGAAAAAUAUGGAUGGAUUCAACAUGAAGACAUUGCUACCUUCAAACUCCCUGAAUAAGGUUUGAUUUUAUUUUUAUUUUUAU